CUUACAAAGGUCACAUACGAGGAUGAUGCAAUUGUUACACAUCCAUAAUCAUUUACCCUUUUGUUGGACCACUGCCCAAUUACGAAAAGUAGGUAAUUAUCAUAAACUGCGGUCAACCUAAGAAUAUACACAGGAAGAUUGAUAGUAGUUCCCGCACCUACUUUGGGGACUGUUUAUAAUUUGUACACUUCAACUCUAAGAAAGACAUACCGACAAUUUCCUCCAUCUGCAAUUUAAUUAGUAGGAUUUCACAAACAACGUAAACCAUUUUAGAACCGCGUCGGUCUUCUUUCUAUGUGGCGUGGGGAGCGCCUACGUUUCCACAAUCACAGAUAGACUAGGAGCCAUGGAAAAUGCUGUCGAUCUGACUCUUUUAUGUGCUACCUCCCAAAUAAUACAAUGGCAACAAGACAAUUACUGAUUGAUGACCAAUUAAUUGGGCCAAGUUUGGGAAGAAAUGGAAACUAGUUCAAACCGAUCAUUUGGCCUUGAAGCAAUAGCUAAUAUGCUAUUCCUGUACCCAUCAAAUAUGGGGCACUCUCACAGUUACUAUUACCACUGAAGUUGUCAUCACUAGGCGAGAUGGAGAUGGAGAUGGAGAUGGAUGAUUCUCAUUUUCUCAUCAAAGUGACAACCGGUAACAAUCACCCUUAACAGUCCCACGUGGUAGCAAAAGAAGAGAGAUUUGGGGGAUCUCAAAACAUUCCACGUCCGUCAUUUAUAGUCGUUGGAUGAUCGAGCUUUACUUGACAAAAUAUCCCGACAUCAUCCAACAAUAAAAAAGGAAUAGCUCGAAAUCGAACAACUCUUGCUGCACGUUUAUGACAGUGGGACGAUCGAGCAAGGGUUCAUCUCGUCAUCCGAUAACCAGAAAAAGUACAACCUUAAAUCCAACGGUCCAUGCGUAUUCUGCGCAGGGAUACUGCGAGGGGCAAUCUGGCCAUAGCCAGAUUGCAUUCAUGUAGUACACAAACUUAUAGGCAACUGAAGCAGGCUGCUGUUGAUUCAGUAAUUCACCCAGAAAGACAUUUUCACUGGAGCACAAUAGUAACAGAAAUUCAAGGAACAUUCAAUAUAAGAAAAGUGGAAAACAUGUGAAGAAAUGAACUGCCUAAUAUUUGGGGAUAAUUAACAAACAAGCUGUGUCCUAGAAGUACAAGGACAAAUACUUCCACCAAACCAGCUAGCAGGAGACUUUAUGGAUAAGGUUUCCAUGUAAGCCACAUAAAAAUCACGAAAAUUGGCAGCCAAGCUAUAAUAGAGAGCAUAUGUACUCUUCAGUUCAGUAUAAAGCCAAACCAAGUAUCAUCGACACUGACGAGGCAAGGAAAGAGAUUCGUCGGCACUUUUGCCUAUCAAACCUGUCCCCACAAAAUGCAGCGAACUUUGAAUAUACUUCCUCUUGGCUAACAAUUUUUGGGCAAUGGUCGUCUAUCACUUACCAACCAGGCAGCAAUUUUCACGUCAGUGGUUACAGUGUAACAUCAUUGCUAAAAAUGACUUGCAAGGAAUCAGCAAUUAGCAAUUCAGAAUCAAACGAGGAGAUUACGCGACAAGAUGCGAUUUGAAGGGGCGUGUCUGGGUGAUGAAGAGUUAUGAAGUAGAUAAGAAGAAGAGAAGAGGAUAACAUAAAAGACACGUCAUAGUGAUCAUCAACAUGACAAAUGCAGUAAAAAGUAAGAAUUCACAGCCAAUGUCAAAACAGCAUCUGAAGUGAAGUGCAAUAACGUGGGAAGGAGGGUGACAUAUAGCAUAUACAUGCGAGCGUCUAGGUUUAAAACUUGGAGUAGACAGACAUGGUAAGUAUCUAAUUCGGCUAUUGGUUCCUCUAUCGAAUAUCGAUUCGAAAACAAUUCCUCAGCACAGGCUGCCCUGCCCAUCUACGAGGCUCAUUGAACGUCCAAAAGAGAAGACACAUUGGUCAUGUUUCCUGUUCUUUCCCAAUAGCAUUCAUUCAUCAUUCGCCUAAAUAUUAACACUUCUAAGUUCAGGCAUACUAAUGCUUUGUGUAAACUCACCAAGCAACACAACAAUACAUACAUAGAGAAUACAUACACAGAGAAGAAGACUUUAGACAUCAUCAGCAACAACAACUAUAGGGAAGACCUUAGAAAAAGCAACACCACACACUUUAUGACUUUGAAGGAAACCAAACCCCCCAAGCAAUCUUAUCCAAAGCCUUAUAAACCACAACCAUGAAAAGAAAAGAAAAAGGAAUUUUUCUGUGGAAAUUGGAAGAAAAUCAUCACGAUUAGCAGCCACAGAUAUUAUUAGCAACGAGGUGGCGAUGAAAAAGGAAAUAACAGACUAAUACUGCUAUUCUUUGUGGGGUUCAGGAAAUUGUGGCGGGAGGACUCUAACAUGGGAAUUCAUUUAAGGGAAGCAAUAAAAAAGCGCAUAUAUCCCGUAAAUAAGAAGCAACUUGCUCUGUGGGGUUUCCCCACAUUGUGGUGCUGAAAAAAUCUGCCACGCAAGCUCCAGCACCACUUGCUGUACUGUGUACAGAGACCUCCUCCAGGUUCAAUAAUUUGAUGAGAGGACAAACAUGAAUCAGCUCAAGGAAAACAUGAAGCAUAGGAUAUUCAUAUAUAAACAUUUAUCACUCAAAACUACUUCACAAGUUGAUUAUAAUCAACAAUCUGUAGCAUGCACACAAUUUCAUGGUCGACAGAGCAUAAAUUGCAUCGAAAAAUAAACUCCAACAGGUUGAUUUAAUGAUAACGUAGAUAAGCAACAAAUUAACUACGAAUUCGAAGAUUGAGACCAAGAUAACGUACCCCAAAACUGAAAAUCUGGAACCUCAGCUGCCAAUUCCUUUACUGUUGAUCCAAGUGUCUAAUGCUUGCCCUUCCUUCUAUAUGCAGUUAGUCUGGAUAAAUUAAAAAGGAAUACAAAUCUGUUGCAGGUCAGCUUCACUAAAUAAAUUAAAUUGAAUUCAGGGGGAGAAAAAAUGAAAUCCAAACUGGAAAUGGAAAGUACAUGGAAAAGCAGGGGGGCCGACUAGUUUUGAUCUUUUGCACUUUUUCUCCUUCAAACUAGAGCCCACCAGUAUUGUCCCACACAAAGUUUGAACUCUGGUUUUCCUUUAUAAAAAGAGCACACCCAGGCUCCAUUUGUUCCCACAACCCUUCAUUCCUUCAUCAGAACUCAAUACAAAAAAACUGAGAAAGAAAACAUGACUCUAACUCUCCGUUCUUCAACAUCCUUUAUCAAUCUAAAGGACACCAAAUCGUUCAAAACAGCCGACGAAAUCGUCGGCUCAAUCUGCUAUGCACAGAUUAAGCCAACCUUCAGCCUCGUGGCCAAGAGUUCGGUGCAAGCAUCGCACGUCUUGGAGCACCACAGCCUCAUCAGGGUGGGGAGCUUAGCCGAGAAGUGGGAGAAACUGCACCCAUUGUCAGGUCCUCAUGAUGGCAGCAACAGCUCCAAGGUGCCUGUAUUCGUGAUGCUCCCACUCGACACGGUGACACAUGGGGGGAACCUGAACAAACCACGAGCGAUGAACGCCAGCUUAAUGGCGUUGAAGAGCGCAGGUGUGGAAGGAGUUAUGGUGGACGCAUGGUGGGGAUUGGUGGAGAAAGAUGGACCCCUACGGUACAACUGGGAAGGGUAUGCUGAGCUUGUGCAGAUGGUGAAACACCAUGGCCUGAAGAUUCAAGUGGUCAUGUCCUUUCAUCAGUGCGGAGGAAAUGUUGGAGAUUCUUGCAGCAUUCCCCUACCUCCAUGGGUGCUUGAAGAGAUCAGCAAGAACCCGGACCUUGUCUACACCGACAGAUCAGGGCGUAGGAAUCCUGAAUACAUCUCCUUGGGCUGCGACUCUAUGGCUGUGCUAAGAGGAAGAACACCAAUACAAGUCUACACAGAUUUCAUGAGAAGCUUCCGCAACAGGUUCAGUGAUGACCUGGGAGAAGUUAUUGUGGAAGUUCAAGUGGGAAUGGGCCCUUGUGGAGAGCUGAGAUACCCAGCAUACCCAGAAAGCAAUGGCACAUGGAGAUUCCCAGGAAUUGGGGAAUUCCAAUGUUAUGACAAGUAUAUGAGAGCUUCACUCAAAGCAUCAGCUCAAGAAGCAGGAAACCAGGACUGGGGGCAAGGCGGCCCCCAUGAUUCUGGCCAGUACAAUCAAUUCCCUGACGAUACUGGGUUCUUCAGGCGGGAAGGGACAUGGAACACAGAAUAUGGCCGGUUCUUUCUAGAGUGGUACUCUUCAAAGCUACUACAACACGGCAACAGCCUCCUAGCGGCCGCAGAAGGGAUAUUCAAAGGAACCGGAGCAAAGCUAUCAGGAAAAGUUGCAGGAAUCCAUUGGCAUUACAAAACAAGGUCUCAUGCAGCAGAGCUCACAGCAGGAUACUACAACACUAGACACCACGACGGUUACCAACCAAUAGCACAAAUGUUCAGCAAGCACGGAGUUGUGUUCAACUUCACAUGCAUGGAAAUGAGAGACGGCGAGCAGCCUGAAAAUGCAAACUGCUCGCCAGAAGGAUUAGUCCAGCAAGUGAAGAUUGCAACCAAGGCAGCUGGCAUAGAACUUGCUGGUGAGAAUGCACUGGAGAGGUAUGAUGCAGCUGCAUACAGACAAGUUUUGGCUACCAGUACAUCAGCAUCAGGCAGUGGGUUGAGUGCUUUCACUUACCUGAGAUUGAAUAAGAGGUUGUUCGAAGAAGGAAACUGGCGGCACUUGGUGGAAUUUGUAAGAAGCAUGUCAGAAGGAGGCAGGAAUAGGAGGAGAUUGGCAGAGUCCGAUACAAAGAGGAGCGAUCUCUACAUUGGUUUGAUCACGGAGAAGAAUGUCAGGAAAUCGAAGGAAAUUCUACUUGUAUAAGCCACGUAGCUUAGCUUAUUAGUGUACAAAAUAAAGAUUUAUGAUGACUUGUACACCAUAAUACUCCUGCCAUGUUUUGCCAACUUUAUGACUGGAAAAUAUGAGACAAUCAGGAAUGUAUAAAUGUUCUUCUCAUAAUACUGUUUCUUCAUCCCUCUAAAUUUAAAUCAGUGAGUAGCAUUGCAGAUAAAAUGGUUCACUCAGUUUUCAAGCAAUUAAACCACUAAACUUCCCUAAAUUUUUAAAGUUCUCAUCAUCAUUAUCAUCAUCAUCAUCAAUUUUUCACCAAUGCUAGUAAACAACAAGCUUAAACGUUGUCCAACCAAAUUGGAGAUCCAAUGCUAAUUAUACACAUUCAAGAACUAUUUUAAGACAUUGAAGAUCCCAAACAACUGCAUUGUAAAUAAAGCAUCUGAAAUGAGCUAUUGUGUGAAUGAGGAUGGCAGAUAUCCGAGCCAACUAAGUUUGAAAUUUAGGGCCAACAUGAUCAACCCCCUAAUUCACCUAAAAAGGAACAUCGCACACCCAAAAUGGAACCUCAUACUUGUACAGUUGUACUUAGGAAGUCAAUGGAUUAUGCCUUUCCUAAUAUUUUCCGAUAGUAUGUAUCAUUCACCUAAAUGUUAACAUUUAGGUUAAGGCAUACUAAUGCUGUAAGAUUCACCAAGCAACACAAAAAUCUAAAAGGAGAGGGUCAAUUUAUGCGAAAACACGACUUUUACUUUGAUACACUAAAUUUACUAUACCCUUAUCAAAGCAAACAACGAUACUCACAUAAAAUACUUUUCAUCGUUCAUCCCAUGUAAAACUUGAAAGUCAAAUACAAAUAUAUAUAAAAAAUAUCCCAAAACCCUUGAAAACCCACAACUGCCACUCCACUGCCCAAGUCCUAAACUCGUUAUUGUAACAGUUAUGAUCUUAACCUGCUUCCCCAUCCAAAACAAUGGCGGUUUAAUAACACGUUGUUGAAACGAACUAAUCACCAAUUAAAUGUCCCCGGAAAAUGCUUCCCCAUCCUCAUGCAAAACCAUCUGCCGAGUCCCCUAUUACGAUAACUAUAACAUAACGACACUAUAAUACAAUAAACAGCUUGGGAGAUGGACGGUGAUGGUCAGGAUUAUGAGAGUGGUGGGCGGUGCAGUGCAGUGCCGUAUCAAAAGGGAAGACCUCGGAAAAGCAACACCACACAGCUUUCAGACUUGCGAAGAAAACCAACCGCCCAACAAGUUUUCUUAUCGCAAUGGCUGAUGAAUUGAAUACCGCCCAUGUGUCCUUCAGCGGGUGGUGUUACUAGCAGUCAUAGAAUACUGCUAUAUUUGUGGGGUUGAGGAAAUUUAGGCGCCAGGGACGCAAUGAAAAAAGCGCAUAUGACCCCCUAAAAACUAAAUUAGAAGCAAACUUGCUCUGUGGGGUUGGUUUUUUCCCCGCAUUCUGGUGAUGAAAAGAUCAGCAACCCCUCCAGGGGUUAAAUUAAAAUUUAAAUGAGAGG